AUGAAGCGAGAGGGAGGGCUCGGGGGAUCGAGCCAUGGACGAUGCGGUUUGUCGUGUGCGGGGAGAAUUCGAUCCCGAGGCAUGAUUCGAAAUUCCAAGAGCCAUAAAUUCUCAGUGACCCGAAAAGCUUCCUUUCUCUCAGGACAGGAGCUUCCACGGGGCCCACUGGAUCCGCGGCACAGGCGGCACCGGCUGCAGCCAGUACUGGCAGAGCGUGCAGUGGCAGGCGCCAUGAAGAAAAAGCGAGCAGGACCGGGCAUGCUGGGGGCACGACCGGGCAUCGAAGGUGGGCGGGCCCCACGCGAGUCGCAGGCUCGUGCUCUCGCGGGCCUGGAUUCCCCACCACAGACCGAGAGAGGGGAGGGAGGGAGGGAGAGAGGGGAGGGGGGAGGGUGGGGAGGAAAGGCAGUGAAGGAGGAGACGAGAGCUCGAGGAGUGCCAGCUAUGGCGGGCCAGCACCAUGAGUUCCGCAGGGGUGGAGGAAAGACGGGAGUCAUUUGGUAG